UCUGCAUUGUGUCCAUUCUGGGAUCCUGCGUGCCGGGUUAUCACUCGCCAACUUCCCGUUUGAGUCUGUAGCAGAGGCAACACCAAGACUUCCAGAUGAACAACCGAAAGGAAGAUAUGGAAAUCACGUCCCACUACCGGCACCUGCUUCGCGAGCUCAACGAGCAGAGGCAGCACGGGGUCCUGUGCGAUGUCUGUGUUGUGGUGGAGGGCAAGGUCUUCAAGGCGCACAAGAACGUCCUGCUCGGGAGCAGCCGCUACUUUAAGACGCUUUACUGCCAGGUACAGAAGACGUCCGACCAGGCCACGGUCACCCACCUGGAUAUUGUCACAGCCCAGGGCUUCAAGGCCAUCAUCGACUUCAUGUACUCUGCCCACCUGGCCCUCACGAGCAGGAAUGUCAUUGAGGUGAUGUCUGCCGCGAGCUUCCUGCAGAUGACAGACAUCGUGCAGGCCUGCCACGACUUCAUCAAGGCCGCGCUGGACAUCAGCAUCAAGUCAGACACCUCAGAUGAGCUCUCGGAGUUUGAGACGGGCGCGCCCUCCGGCAGCAGUGCAGAGGCUCUGAUCUCGGCCGUGAUGGCUGGGAGGAGCAUCUCCCCAUGGCUGGCUCGGCGGACCAGCCCAGCCAACUCCUCCGGGGACUCGGCCAUUGCCAGCUGCCACGAGGGUGGGAGCAGUUACGGGAAGGAGGACCCAGAGCCCAGAGCUGAGGGCCCCGAGGACAUUUCCUCGCAGGCCCUGUGGCCUGGAGAGGUGGGUUAUGGGCCUCUGCACAUCAAGGAGGAGCAGAUCUCGCCCUCUCACUACGGAGGGAGUGAGCUGCCCUCUACCAAGGAUGGUGCAGCACAGAGCUCUUUCUCAGAACAGGGUUCUGGGGACAGCUGGCAGCCCACAGGCCGGAGGAAGAACCGGAAGAACAAGGAGACUGUCCGGCACAUCACACAGCAGGUGGAGGAGGACAGCCGCACCGGCUCUCCGGUGCCCUCGUUCCUUCCCACGCCGGGAUGGCCGUUCAGCAGUCGAGACUCAAGUGCAGACCUGACUGUCACCGAGGCCAGCAGCUCCGACAGCCGAGGGGAGCGGGCCGAGCUCUACGCACAUGCCGACGAGGGUCUGCUGGGAGGAGAAGCCAGCUUCUUGGGUCCACCGCUUACUCCUGAGAAGGACGAGGCGCUGCACCAGGCCACGGCGGUGGCCAGCCUACGCGCGGCGCUCAUGAGUAAGAACAGCCUGCUGUCUCUCAAGGCCGACAUGCUCGGAGACGACGGCUCCCUGCUGUUCGAGUAUCUGCCCAAAGGCGCCCACUCGCUGUCGUUGAAUGAAUUCACAGUGAUCAGGAAGAAGUUCAAGUGCCCCUACUGCAGCUUCUCAGCCAUGCACCAGUGCAUCCUCAAGCGGCACAUGCGCUCACACACGGGGGAGCGGCCCUACCCGUGUGAGAUCUGCGGGAAGAAGUUCACACGGCGUGAACACAUGAAGCGGCACACGCUGGUGCACAGCAAGGACAAGAAGUACGUGUGCAAGGUGUGCAGCCGCGUGUUCAUGUCAGCGGCCAGCGUGGGCAUCAAGCACGGCUCGCGCCGCCACGGUGUGUGCACCGACUGCGCGGGCCGUGGGGUGGCCGCGCCCCUGGACCACGGGGGUGGCGAGGGCUCUCCCGAGGCGCUGUUCACGGGCGACGGGCCCUACCUGGAGGACCCUGACGACCCGCGUGCAGAGGGCGAGGAGGAGCUGGGGGAGGACGACGAGGACGUUGGCCUGGCGCCAGAGGACACGCUGCUGGGGGACGACAAGGACGACGAGGACUCUCCGCGGGGACCCGGCAGCCCGGAGGGCGUGCAGGACAAGGACUUCGCCUGGAUCUCCUAGGCUGCCCCGCCCGCCCCGUGCGCGGCCCCUCGGCCCGUCUCUGCCCGGUGUCCACCGCACCUCGUGGGCCCGGGGCGGCGGCGACGGGGCGCGUUGGAGCAGCCCUCCUGUCCUCCGGCUGCCCAGGCAGGCCUGAGCCAAGUGUGCGCGCCCUCGAGC